UAGGGGAGAAAUGUUGCGGUGGGUUGAGAAAUUUUCGUGAAAUCAGAUAACGGUUCGCUUCUUCCCAUGAAUCACAGAAACUGAACUCAUUUUCACUUCUUCCCAUGAAACAGAACAAACCAUAGGAGAUUCUCAGUUACACACAAACAUGGAAGUUCUGUCUCUUUCAGUUACAUUCACCAAAUUUCAAACCUUUCCCUCUCUCAAACCAAACAAAACCCCAAUUCACCAACUUCCAAUAAACACAACACUACCCACAAAAAAAAAUCACUCUUUUUCUUGUUCCAUUUCAUCUUUUACUAGAAGAAUUUCAGCAACAAGUAACCAAUCAUCAUCAACUUCACAAACCGAUAUGUUGUUGUUCCCUCCUGGAAAUUCAAAGCAUUGGGUUGUUAGAAUGGAUAAACCUGUUGUUGGUGUUGUUACCAAAGCUCAAAUUGUUGAUCAUUAUGCUCAAAUUUUGACCAAAGUUAUGGGAAAUGAGAAGGAUGCACAAAUGUGUAUAUAUCAUGUUUCUUGGAAAACCAACUUUGGUUUUUGUUGUGAACUUGAUGAGGAUUGUGCAAAUGACCUUGCUGGUGUUCCUGGUGUCUUGUCAGUUCAGCCAGAUGACAAUUUUGAGUCAGAAAAUAAAGAUUAUGAAGGUAGAAACCUAGAAAAUAGUUUGAAUAAGACAAAAUCUUCUGAAGCAAGUAAGGAAGUUUCGGUGGAAACAAAGAAACUUUUUGUGACAGGGCUAUCAUUUUAUACAUCUGAGAAAACCUUACGUGCCGCAUUUGAAGGCUUUGGUGAGCUUGUUGAAGUUAAAGUUAUCAUAGAUAAAAUUUCAAAAAGGUCCAAGGGCUAUGCAUUUAUUGAAUACACCACCGAGGAGGCUGCAAGUGCAGCACUCAAAGAGAUGAAUGGCAAGAUUAUUAAUGGCUGGAUGAUAGUGGUAGAUGUUGCCAAGCCUACUCCUCCAAGAUACAAUACGGGUCGAGCCAGACCAUCUGCUUGAUAAGAAAACGAAGCUUGUAAGGAAAUUUUCACAUCUUCCAGUUUUGGGAGCUAAAUGCAAUGCAUGCAUGCUUCAUUCAACAAGGCUCAUAUGGGGAUGUUAUGAGGGGCAUGUGUAACAUCCCUGACCAAGUUACUUCUCUAUUAUUUCAUGAUAUAUAUCCUUCCCCUCUGCCUCGAUUUGAUUCAACUUAUCUUCAACAUGCAAGCAGGUAUGUAACACUGCCAUAAUAUUCACCGCAAUGUUUUUGGUAGUUACUACUAGUCUACUACACAUGCUCCUGGUUGUGUGAAAUUAAGCAUGCUGCAAUGGACUGAAUAGCGAUAAUGUAGCAUCCACUGGCAUCUGGUAUCGUGUUAAGGUAUUAAAAAGAUGAGAGAAGUUCGAUUUUUGGAUUCUUACUGUUAAUUAAGCUUUUGGACAUUGAAGAGUUUAGUUGAAUUUUUAUCACAAUGUUGGUUGAAAUAGGUGUUUGAAGAAAAUAAAACUUGGCUAACAUUCAACCAUUUGGUCUAAAUUUCCAUAUUCUCUUUGCUUAAUUAAUAUGUAUGCUUACAUGAGAAUUGUGAUAUUUGAUGCUUAAUUCUCUUUGAUUAAUUAUUACUUAUGAUUUGAUUUCUUAUAUGAAGGAAAGGCACCUUGCUUUUACUUUGAAAAGGCGCAGAUCUGUUAGUGCUAGUAACAAGAAUUCCAUGAACAAACUCUGUUACUGUGUAAACAAAGCACAAUCACUUCCUCUUAAGUCUUAAUAGAUAUAACCAUAACAAUACCUUGGUACAUCUAUCUCUGUCCUUUUUAUAAGCACCUUUUUGUGAGUGCAGAUGAGACAGAUAGUAGUAAUAGGGAGCAUUACCUAGCAUCUCCAAUGGGAGAUGUUUUGCCUAAUAGCAUGUAGUGCUUAUUAGCUGCAUUGGAGAAUAAAAUAAGAGAAAUUAUAACUUUGGUCACUAGCUAUAAAAUGAGUCGCAUGAGCUAAUUCAUGAGCUACUCGAUUGACUCAUUUGAUUUGUCUCCUAACAUAACUUAUAUGACAAUUCUCAAUCUCAUUUAACAAACUAGGACAUAAAGUAAUAGGAAAAAUGCUAAACAGUGCCCUUGGGAAGGGCACUAUUUAAGCAUUAAAUAGUAAGUUUUUGUCAAAAUGUUAUGUAAAUUUGUGAAGUCAACACAUUGAAAAUUCAAAUGUUUUACUUUUUGAAUAAAUUAUUUUUUUAAAUGCAAUGCUUAAAGAGUGUUCGGGGGCACUCUUAGCAAGACCCAAGUAAUAAUACUCAAACUAUGACAGUUCUCAAUCUCGAUUGGCUUGUCUCCUGACAUAACUACUUGAUUUGCAUUUUAAAUUAUUAAAACUAUAUACAAUAAUAAUGAAAAAAGUGUCUUGACAAACAAAGUGAUGAGACAACGUGUAUUGGCAAACUUUGUUCCAUUAUUACAGCUUGUGUAUUGUUACUAGACCCUUACCCGUGCGAUGCACGGGUGUGAUGCAAUUAUUUUUAUUUUACAAUUGCAUAAAACUGAAACAUUACAUAUUAUCAAAAUAAUAAUAAUAAUAAAA